AACCGUUGUGGGUAGCCGUCGGUCAUCAACGUUGUAGCAAACGCCAAUUUCUGAGGACGAUCGCGAAUAAGCUGUAACUUUUUUGCGGUGUACACAGUAUCUACUUCAACUUAUUAAUGGAAAACGGCUAAAAAUAUCAACUUCGAUUGUAUGGCUUUGGACACGCUGUUCACCCCUGAUUUAUAUCGGCAUAAAGAUAUGUUAUCAUCAGAAGGCGAGCUCGCGGUGAGCGAGUAGUAGACAAUCUAAACAAGGUUCUUCCUGCGUCACCGGGAGGCUGCCGCGAUAUGCUUCGUCUGUGUAACACGCAUAGGUUAGUCAGAUUACAUGAAGAUCAGUAAUUGGCGUCUGCAAGCAUGAGCAAACUGAAGUUCAGAGUGUGAGCAGCGCCUGACGAAAAUGGCAGUACACUGCGAGGGCAGUGGAAAAGAUGACCUAAAGACGCAGUUCACAACACGAGAGGGCACCUACAAGGUAUUAACGCUAUCGGAGUACUCCAGACCCAAUCGUGUGGGGUACCAAAGCCAAUCUAACACUCCAGUGAAAGUGUCCUUCGUAUCGCAAACGGAUUCGAAUGGCACGGAAGAUCGUAUAUGCUUCAACGUCGGACGCGAGCUCUACGUUUACAUGUACAAGGGCACAAAAAAGGCCGCUGACCUGAGCAAACCAGUGGACAAGCGUGUGUAUAAAGGCACCUACCCAACGUGCCAUGACUUCCACCCUUCUCCAACACCGGAGGGAGGGCUGUUACUCCUCGUAGGAUUUUCUGCCGGGCAGGUGCAGCUGAUCGACCCCAUCAAGAAAGAGCUCAGCAGGUUGUACAACGACGAGAGGCUUAUUGACAAGACACGUGUCACUUGCUUGAAAUGGCUUCCCAACUCUCCCACAAUGUUCCUCGUGUCCCAUGCAAGUGGCCAGCUGUACGUGUACAAGGAAGAUCUACCGUGCGGCUCGACACCUCCACACUACCAGUUGUUUAAGCAAGGCGAAGGCUUCUCGGUGUUCACCUGCAAAACCAAGAGCACCCGCAACCCACUCUACCGGUGGGUGAUAGGAGAGGGAGCACUGCACGAAUUUGCAUUCUCUCCUUGUGCCAGGCACCUGGCAACAGCGAGCCAGGACGGUUUCUUGCGCAUCUUCAACUACGACACCAUGGACCUGAUUGGGCUCGUCCGCAGCUACUUUGGUGGACUCUUGUGCACCUGCUGGAGCCCGGACGGGAAAUACGUUGUGGCCGGGGGCGAAGAUGACCUCGUAACCGUCUGGUCCUUCCAGGAUAAGCGUGUGGUGGCUCGGGGACAAGGACACCGGUCCUGGGUGCAGGGUGUGGCCUUUGACGGCUGCCUCGAAGGAAACAAUGCAUCGGGGGACUGCCGCGACACGUCGUACAGAUUUGGCUCUGUGGGGCAGGAUACACAGUUAUGCCUGUGGGACUUAACGGAAGAUGUCCUCAAGCAGCCGAGGGCUCGCACUAGUGUACUCUUGAACAGCCCAGCAGGGGGAGGCAGCCGAGAGGUGCGCAGGGCCAAAAAUGGUACAGCGGGGGGGCGCAAGGACGGAGACUGUGCCAGCAGGGUCACAUUGGUGGGCACCCCAGCGUGUCCGAGGCUGGACGAGGUGCCCAUGUUGGAGCCCCACAUCUGCAAGAAGGUGGCUCCAGAAAGGUUGACUGCUCUAGUGUUCCGAGAGGAUUGUAUGGUGACUGCAUGCCAGGAAGGCUACGUGUGCACUUGGGCACGUCCUGGCCGUGCUUCCACGGUUGUCUAGUCUUAGUUUUGCCGGCUAAAGGCUCUAUUGCAUUUCAUUGCCACAUUUUUCUGUUAAAUAAAAUUGCUCCAAUGAG